UACACCGGCGCAUACGCAUGACGACAUAACUCCGCGCCAAGCUAAUUAAAUAGCUGAAUGACGGCUACGAUUACUCGAAGGAUUGGAGCUAACGUCAAUUUAUCCGUUACCGGGCUCAUACACAACUGAAACAUAGAGACAGCUGGGUCUCUCUCCCUCAGUGACCACAGAGAGGUCUGAGCCUCCGUCACCAUGACAGACAACAAGCGUCUCGCCUUCUCCAUCCUCCAGUUCCUCCACGAUCAGCUCAAGUCGGGGAAUCUGACCUCAGGUGCCCAGGAGAGUCUGGAAGUUGCUGUUCAGUGUUUGGAGACGGCGUAUGAAGUUUCGACUGACGACCAGACCCUCGCCGUCCCCAUGACAUUACCGGAGAUCUUCGCCUCAGCCACAGCCGGGGUAAACAGGCCUUUUCCGGCUGAGUCGCAGGUCAACAACAACUCCGCUCCUCCACAACCUCCAAACUCCCUCACUGAGGAACAGAGAGACGAGGCAGAGGAGCUCAAAACGGACGGGAACGACCAAAUGAAAGUGGAGAACUACGGAGCUGCUGUUGAGUUUUACUCAAAGGCCAUCGCCAUCAACCCUCAGAACGCCGUCUAUUACUGCAACAGGGCUGCAGCGUACAGUAAACUAGGGAACUAUGCAGGAGCGGUGCAGGACUGUGAACAGGCCAUCAGCAUCGACCCAAACUACAGCAAAGCCUACGGGAGGAUGGGUUUGGCUCUGGCCAGCCUCAACAAACACACAGAAGCAGCGAGUUACUAUAAGAAAGCUCUGGAGCUGGACCCCGACAACGACACCUACAAAAUCAACCUGAAGAUCGCUGAGGAGAAGAUGGAAACAUCCAGUCCAACAGCGGGGAUGGGUGGAGUGGAUCUGGCCGGUCUGCUCAGUAACCCUGGCUUCAUGAACAUGGCGUCCUCUCUGAUGAACAAUCCGCAGGUUCAGCAGCUGAUGUCGGGGAUGAUGUCAGGAGCGUAUGGUGGGAUGCCGGGAGGAGGAAUGCCGGGAGGAGGAAUGCCGGGAGGAGGAAUGCCGGGAGGAGGAAUGCCAGGAGGAAUGCCAGGAGCACUAGGAGGAGGAAUGCCAGGAGGAAUGCCAGGAGGACUAGGAGGAGGAAUGCCAGGAGGACUAGGAGGAGGAGGACUAGGAGGAGGAAUGCCAGGAGGACUAGGAGGAGGAAUGCCAGGAGGACUAGGACUAGGAGGAGGAAUGCCAGGAGGACUAGGAGGAGGAAUGCCAGGAGGACUAGGAGGAAGCGCUCCGCUCCCCGGACCUGCUGCUGGUACUGGAGCAGGAGAUUUAUCAGGACUGAUCCAGGCCGGUCAGCAGUUUGCUCAGCAGAUGCAGCAGCAGAACCCCGAACUCAUCGAACAGCUGAGGAGUCAAAUCCGCAACCGAACACCCAGCGCUGGAAACGAGGAGCAGCCAUGACACUCAGAAUACAGUUGGAUAGGUUUGUGCGUGGAGGAGAAGAAGAGCUUAUUUGGAUCAUUUAUAACUCGAAGGACUAAAAACAAGUUUUUUUUCCCCCAUCACUGAAUAAUUCCUGCACGAGAGAACGAGGAGCUCCCGCUUCAUUCAGGAGCCACGUCACCAAAAACAACAAACACCCACUUCCUGCGGCUCUGUGUUUUUUAGGAAGAACAUUUUGACUUUAACACUUUGAUAUAAAACACUGAUGAAUUCUAAUGAAAAUUAAUUCUCUAAUAGGAACAUAGAUGUUAAAAAAAGUGUUUAAAACCGAAGCUUGAAAUUUCUUCUUAAAACUACACAGUGUAACUUUAAAUGUUUUUGUCCGGUACCUUGUUUAUUGAUGGAUCUGAUUGCGAGUGAAAGUGUGAGUGUGUGUGUGUGUGUGUGUGUGUGUGUGUGUGUAAGAGUAUCAGGGUUAACUUGGUGUGUGUGGCAGGUUGAGCUGUGAGGAGGCAGAGAGCUGUUCAAACACAGUCUGACAAUUAAAAAGAGCAUCUCAACAUUUUACACCCUC